AUGGAGAUCUUCAAGCAAGUCAAGAUCGACCUCCCUCUCCUUGAUGCCAUCAAGCAAGUUACAUCAUAUGCCAAAUUUCUCAAGGCCUUGUGUACUCAGAAACGCAGAGGUAGGAAUCAUCUUCCCAAGAAAGUCCUUUUCACCGAGCAAGUGAGCUCACUCUUUCAGCACAACACCCCUUUGAAGUUCAAGGACCUUGGGGCUCCACCCAUUUCCUUCAUUAUUGGAAACCGAGAGAUUGAGAAAGCCCUCAUCGACUUAGAUCUACCUGUUCCAAAUCUAGAGAAGCUGAUUCCUGUCAUCCUUGGUUGUCCUUUCUUAGCCACAGCCAAUACAUGCAUUAACUGUAGGACUGGGGUCAUGGAGAUUUCUUUUAGGAACAUGAAGGUUAGAUUGAAUAUCUUCAAUGCCUUCCAACAUCCACCUGAUCGGAAUGAGUGUUUCUUCUUGGACAUCGUUGAAGAAUCUAUUGAAGACUUACUUCCCUGUAUGUUGACAAAGGAUCCGUUAGAAGCUUGCUUGACUCAUUUUGGUUUAGAUGACUUUGACACAAAACAAUAUAUUAACGAGGUCAACACCUUACUCGAUACUGCUACCAAUGCAGGCUCACCACCAUUGAGAGCACCGAGAGAGUCUUUGCCCUUGACUUCGAGCACUCCUCACAUUCCUUCCCUUGAGUCUCCACCAACACUUGAAUUCAAGCCACUUUUGGACAAGCUCCAAUAUGCCCUCUUAGGAUCUAAUGACACUCUCCCUAUCAUCAUUGCUUCAGACUUACAAAAGUACCAAGAAAGUAGCUUGUUAAUGUUGGCAUUAUGCCCUGAAUCCCAAUGA